UGUUUCAGCCAAUGGGUGGAAAGAAUGAUUACUCUCUGGGCUUGUGUAGGACCUAUGGUAGGACCCUGUACAACACACUCAUUUGUUUGAGUCUGUGUGGAUUUGAGGACACAUAAAGAUGACCACCGCCGCAAGGCCAACUUUCGAACCCGCUCGAGGGGGGCGAGGCAAAGGAGAAGGCGACCUUAGUGCAUUAUCAAAACAAUAUUCUAGCCGAGAUCUACCGGGGCACACAAAAAUCAAGUACAGGCAACCCACCCAGGAUGCCCCUGAGGAGGUGCGUGCCCGUGACUUCCGUCGUGAGCUGGAGGAACGUGAGAGAGUCGCUGUGAGGGACAAGACCAGGGAGAGGGGACCCAGGGAGCACACCACAUCGUCGUCGUCCUCCUCUUCUUCCUCUAAAAGACCCCGUCUCGAUCAGAUCCCAGCUGCAAACUUGGACGCCGAUGAUCCACUCACAGAUGACGACGAAAACUCUGACUCCGACUCUGACAGCGACGAUGACACUGCCGCCCUGUUGGCUGAACUGGACAAAAUUAAGAAGGAGAGGGCAGAAGAGCAGGAGCGAAAGGACAGGGAGCAGAAGGCUGAAGAGGAGAGGAUUCGCAUGGAGAACAUCCUGAGUGGAAACCCGCUUCUUAACCUGGCAGGGCAGCAGCAGCAGCAGCCCGUGCCGACUCCGGCCUCCUUCCAAGUUAAGAGAAGGUGGGAUGAUGACGUUGUUUUCAAGAACUGUGCGAAAGGAGUCGAUGAGGCCCGCAAAGAGAAACGUUUCGUCAAUGACACCCUUCGGUCUGAAUUUCACAAAAAGUUCAUGGAGAAGUAUGUUAAGUAGCAUUUGAAUAGAGAAUGUGUGUAUUGCCCUUUCUUGUCUGUUUUUGUUCAAUUCACUCAAUAAAGUUAUUUGUAUCUUCCA